AGCUCCACCUCCGUCGAAUCUGUGUAAGUUGUUCACUGUUAGGUAGACUCUCGUAACAUAUUUCGAGCAUGUCGACUUGUUCGCAUGUGGACAAUUCGCUGUCAAUUUAUGCUCGUACAUUGGCGUAGUAAAAUUACUACUAACCACACUACGCAGUCGAUCCGUUCGUACCGUAACAUCAGAUGAUCUCGAAUACGUCCACGAAAACGGACGCACCUAUGGCAACGACACAUACUUCAACCCGUGUGUGUUUGGUGGUGAUCUCAAGGAGCAAGACCGCCUGUUCUUCCAGCACCAGAUCUUCGUGCAUGCAUUGCAAGGUCGACUGACGACUACGCGGCUCCUGCCCUCGACUAAACGGAUCCUUGAUCUUGGAACAGGGCCUGGCCACUGGGCAGUCGCAAUGGCGCAGACACACCCCCGUGCAGAAGUCGUCGGCAUCGACAUGACCCAGUGGGAUCUCGAUACAACCGAAGCAUCCAUGGGCAGCGCAGACGUGACGUGGGAGCUCGACAAUCUGGACGUGUGGGGCGUGGACUCGCACAUGGACGAACUCAACACCCUCUCCAACUUCGACUUCUACCGCGACAUGAUGCACCGCACGCCCGUGCACUCGCCGCCCAAGUCUCCAGACCGCAUGGACUUUACCAGAUCCACCUCGUACGCCGAGACCUCCCUCGAGUCCCUCGCCAUCGAUCCCUACACCCUCGCGCCCCCACCGGAGCCGGGGUGGCACUUUAGCGAGCCGUACGAUUUCAUCCACCUGCGCAACAUGAAGGGCUCGUUCUCACACUGGGAGGAUGUGUACGCCGAGAUCCAUAAGAGCCUGUCGCCCGGCGGCUGGAUCGAGGUGGCCGACUGGGACAUGGGCGCGGUGCCGGUCGACCACGCGACCGCCGAUCCGGCGUCGUUCCCCAUACCGACGCUGCGCAAGCUGUUUGCCUCGAUGAUGGAGGCGUCGUAUAAGUCUGGCCGCCCGCUGGGUCUGUUCUACAUGCACCCCUCGUAUCUCGAGGAAGCGGGUUUUACAGAUGUGCAGACUACGCAUGUUAAUGUUCCCAUUGGGCAGUGGGCGGGCGACGAGGAGCAGAAGCGGGUUGGGAAGUUGCUGUUAGUCGUGGUCAUGGAGGGUUUUGAGGCGAGUCUGCUGCGGUUGUUGACCAAGUUUGGGGAUAGGGAGCGCGUGUGGAGCGCAGAUGAGGUCAGAACAGAUAUAGCGCGGGCGCAGCAAGAAAUUAGCGAUUGGGUAGAGAGGUCGGAGCGAGGAGAGGCCGAAGGGUGGUGCGCGAGCUUCAAGUGGAUCACUGGGAGGAAGAGCUGGCAUGCAGAAUGAGCCACAUGGUCGGCGAUGUAGCAUUUCUAGCGGGAGCGGGCGUCUGGGCGGCGAGGUAUAGUGUUAAUGGCGAUACAAGUACACAAAAGCUUGGUUCGGUUUAUGCGGCCUGUAUUUUUCACCGCCGCCCGUUCAAAGGCCUGCUCUCACGCACUUCGUCUUCCUCGUCGAAAUCGUCCAGCUCGAACUCCUGCGCGCCCCUGAUACUCUCCUCAUCCUUGACUUUGCCAAAGCCUCUCUCAUCCGCUGGGUUCGGGUACGGUGUAGCACAGUCCCGGCUCCUCAGCGCCGGGUAGUAUCUCCUGUACGUGUAAUGCGC